CGUAUGCAAGCUGAGCUGUUUGUUUGUCAAUGCCGAAAAAAAAAUAUAAGACAUAUAAGAAGGGCAAGCCCAGGCACAUUAUAACUUGCAUCAUUUUGUGGUUGUUGCCAUUGAUUUAUCCUUCUUUCCGCUUUUUUCUGAUUUUUAUCUUUCAUCACUUCUCAUGGUCGACGUACGAAUUCAAGGCUAUAACGCUUUAUUGAGCCCCUCUUACAUUUCAGAGGAAUUCCCUAUCUGUGAGAAAUCCAAGGAAACGGUCUUGUUGGCAAGAGAAGAGAUUUCCAACAUCAUUCAUAAGCAAGACGAUCGUCUUUUUGUCAUUGUGGGACCUUGCUCGAUUCACGAUACUAUUGCUGCCAAGGAAUACGCCAAUUUAUUACUCGGGGCCAAAGAACGGUUCAAAGAUGACUUGGUCAUUGUGAUGCGCUCUUACUUUGAAAAGCCGAGAACCACCGUGGGUUGGAAAGGUCUCAUCAAUGAUCCGGAUAUCGAUGGAAGUUAUGAUAUCAACAAAGGGCUACGAAUUGCUCGUGGUUUGCUGCAGGAGCUGACGAAAAUGGGAAUCCCUGUGGCCGUGGAACUACUCGAUACCAUUUCACCCCAAUACUUGGCCGAUUUGAUCUCUUGGGGAGCCAUUGGUGCUCGCACGACCGAAUCACAGCUGCAUCGUGAACUGGCUUCGGGAAGCUCGUUUCCCAUUGGUAUGAAGAAUGGUACCGACGGAAACCUCACCAUUGCCAUUGACGGUAUUCGUGCCGCCAACGUUCCACACCACUUCCUUGGCAUCACUCGUGCCGGUGUGGUCGCUAUCACACAUACCACCGGUAAUCAAGAUUGUCAUGUUAUCCUGAGGGGAGGCAAUCAAGGCCCCAACUACAGCGCUGAACAUGUCCAAAAGGCCAAAGCCCAGCUGGAAAAGGCCAAUUUACCGGCCGCCUUGAUGGUCGACUGUUCACACGGCAAUUCCAACAAGGACCACCGCAACCAACCCAAAGUUGCAAAAAGUAUUGCUGAUCAGGUCGCCGCCGGCGAAGAAUCCCUGGUUGGCGUCAUGAUCGAAUCGCACCUGCACGAAGGAAAGCAAAAUGUUCCCGCUGACGGUCCCAUGGCAUUAAAAUACGGCGUGUCUAUCACAGAUGCUUGUAUUGACUGGGAUAGUACCGAAGACGUGCUCGAAACCUUGGCCGAUGCAGUGAAGGCACGACGUGCAUUACGUCAACAGUUGAGAAACUAAUGAUGAUGGCCCAACCACGUAUAGAGAUAAUCCCAUGAUCGCCAUUCAUUAUUUUCUUUCAUCUUUAUGCUACUUAUGUUAUAUCUUUUACUUUGUAUAAAUCAAGAAUAAAAACGCAUAAAAGAACAUGAAGAAUCACAACAACGAAAAAUCAUCAAAAAUACAAUGCUGUUUGAUAUACCUUUUUAUUAAUUAAAAAGUUGAAGAUGUCUAAAAAAGAAAGGAAAGAAAAAAAAAUGAUGGGGUUUUUAUGCGAUUUCGUUGGAAGUUGCACGUUCAAGUGCAGGUUGGAUUGCCUUGAUUUUUUCCAUCAACACAUUGACUGCAAGACCGAAUAAUUCUUCAGGGGGAUAAAUGCCUGUGGAUUCCACUUUGACUAAUAUGAAUCACACCCAUUUUGUCAGCCACUGUUCAAUUUUUCUUUUUUUUUUACCGGUGUUGCAUGAAUUUUGGUAUGAACUUACAGAUAAAAUGAUCUCGCACGCGG